CAAAUCCAACGGUCUAUUUCCCAAGUCUUGGUCUUUCACUCCCACUUCACACCUCUCUCUCCCUAUUUAUAUCUUCCACCAAAUUUCGGGUUCUCCGGAAUCUCUUUCGCCUUUUCGGUUUCAUUCUUUGAUUGCAUGCAUUGUAAUGUAAUUUCCGACCAUUGAACCGCCCAGAUUACACAAACUCGUUCAAUGGCUGUGAAAAACUAAUUCCAGCUGAAUUUUGUUUUUUGGGUUCUUAUUGAGUUUUCAGUGAUCAUAUUUUUAGGUAUUGAGAAUGCAAGUUCUGAGAGUGGAAGAAGGAAGGCCGGGCCAAUAUAGUGAUAAAGAUAUUGGUUCCGGUAAGAGAGAAUUCUCGGAGUUACUGGAGCAUGAAAAGGAGGAGCUACUGCAAGACCAAUCAGAAGAGGAUGAGAAGGACAAUGGUCGCUUACAGGGGACCGGAACUAAGAAGAGACGGUUUACUCCAGAAAUUGGAGCUUCAAAUGGAAAAAGAAGUAGAAAAAAGCAACUUGCCUCAAACUAUUAUGAAGAUGCAGAUGAGUUAAUGGAUGAAAUGGAGCAUGACACAGAAAUUGCCUUUAUGAUCAAGUCCAAAGCACGGAGAAGGGGAAGUCCUGGCCGUGGAAAGAUGAACAGGAGUUCCUCAGUGGAUUCAGGAGUUAAAGAUGAGUCAAAGAAUACUACUUCUUAUACUUCGUCUUCUUCACCACCAUCUUCUCCGAAUUCGUCAGUUUCAGUUCUAAGAUGGGAUCGUGGUAGAUGCACUUCAAGACACAUAAAGCAGGAUAAUGGAGAUGUUUGUUUUAAGUGUCAUCAGUGUAUGCAAGAAUCAAAAACUAUUGUUUCUUGCUCCAAGUGUAAAAACAACUCUUAUUGUAUCCGUUGUAUCAAGGAAUGGUAUCCUCACAUGAAGGUACAGGAAGUCAAGGAACUUUGCCCAUUUUGCCGCAGAAAUUGCAACUGUAAUGCUUGCCUCCACUCAACUGGCAUGAUUAAGACACCAAAACGGGACAUAAGCGACUACGAAAAGGCUCAGCAUUUGGCGCAUUUAAUUCGCUCCAUGCUUCCAUUUCUGAAGGAACUUUCUGAUGAACAAAAGGAGGAGAUACAGAUCGAAGCUAAUAUUCAAGGAGAGUCGCUUUCCAACAUUAUAAUAGAACAAACCCUCUGUUACAAUGAUGAGCGUGUCUAUUGCAACCACUGUGCAACUUCAAUUGUUGAUCUCCAUCGAAGCUGCCCUAAAUGUCUAUAUGAACUCUGUCUAAGUUGUUGUAGAGAAAUUAGGCAGGGAUUCCUUUUAGACCGUGCAGAGGUGAAGUUUCAAUAUAGGAAUAUGGGUUGUGAGUACAUUCAUGGUGGAGAUCCAUCACCUGAAUGUUGUUCCUUAGAAGCUCCAGACAAUCAUAUUGAGCCUUUGACUGGGUGGAAUGAGCCUUUGACUGGGUGGAAUGCAAAUGAUGAUAAUAGUAUUACUUGUGCUCCAAAGGAAAUGGGUGGCUGCGGUGAGAGCAACUUGGCUCUGAAGCGAAUCCUUCCUUGUGAUUGGAUUGCAAGUUUAGAAGCAAAAGCCAAAACUGUACUAGACAUUUGCGAAACCAAGUACUGUACUUUCAAGCAUGAAUGUGGUGAAAGAAUUGAUAUGUUGCGAAAGGCAGCUUCUAGGGAGGAUUCUUGUGACAACUUCUUAUAUUGUCCAGAUUCAAGGGACACUCUGAAAGAAGGAGAUCUUUUGCACUUCAGAAAACAUUGGAUUAAUGGUGAACCAGUCAUAGUUCAAAAUGUACUUGAACAGGCAAAUGGUCUGAGCUGGGAGCCAAUGGUCAUGUGGCGUGCUUUAAGUGAAAAUAUGGAUCCAAAUAGUACCUCACAAUUUUCAGAGGUCAAGACCAUUGAUUGCCUGGCUGGCUGUGAGGUGGAAAUAAAUACUCGGCAAUUUUUUGAAGGAUAUACGGAAGGAAGAAUGUAUGGAAAUUUGUGGCCAGAGAUGCUUAAGCUGAAGGAUUGGCCCCCUUCUGAUAAGUUUGAGAAUCUUUUGCCCCGACAUUGUGAUGAAUUUAUUACUGCCCUGCCAUUUCAAGAGUACACAGAUCCUAGAGCUGGACUUCUUAACCUUGCUGUUAAGUUGCCACCUGGAGUCUUGAAACCAGACAUGGGUCCAAAAACAUAUAUUGCUUAUGGGCUUGUGGAAGAGCUUGGAAGAGGGGAUUCCGUAACCAAGCUGCAUUGUGAUAUGUCUGAUGCGGUUAAUAUUUUGACACAUACAGCAGAAAUAAAGCUAGGUGAUGAGCAGAAAUCUGCAAUUUCAAUGCUAAAAGAAUUACAUAGAGCCCAAGAUGAGAGAGAGCUUCGGAAUUGGGUGAAUUCUCAGUCUGGACAGUCUGGAGGGGAUGAAGAAAUCAUAGAAAAGAAUUACAAUAGGGAAUUGAAGGUUCCAGAAGAUGAUGCAGAUGGGCCCACUCUUUCUGGUUCUCCCUGCACGGAAGCAGUAGAGGAAACCGGUGGUGCUUUGUGGGACAUUUUUCGCAGGGAAGAUGUCCCUAAGUUGGAGGCUUAUCUGAAGAAGCACUAUAAAGAAUUCAGGCACACUUACUGUUCAUUAGUUGAACGGGUUAUUCAUCCAAUUCAUGAUCAAUCCUUUUAUUUGACAAUGGAUCACAAAAGGAAGCUUAAGGAAGAAUUUGGAGUCGAACCAUGGACAUUUGUACAAAGCCUUGGAGAGGCUGUAUUUAUACCUGCUGGAUGCCCACACCAAGUUAGGAAUCUCAAGUCUUGUACAAAAGUAGCUGUAGACUUUGUAUCCCCAGAAAAUGUCCAUGAGUGCCUCCGUUUAACUAAGGACUUCAGACAGCUUCCCAAGAAUCAUAGAGCUAGAGAGGACAAACUUGAGAUAAAGAAAAUGAUACUAUAUGCGGUCGACCAAGCUGUUAAAGAUUUGGAAGCCUUGGUAGCAACUCAAGUUUGAAAGGAACUAUACAAUGAUAUUCCAUAUUCCUGACCGGGAAAAUUUUGUAAAGUCGGAACAAAUUUUUUUC